GCAAAAAACAAUAGAGAAUCUGGUAUUGGUAAGAUGAAGAAGAUAUGGGUAAUUUUGGGUAAUGGCUAUUGGUAGUAGUUUAGAGGAAAAGAACAACGAAAGAAAUUUCUCUCAUCACUCCAAUUCCUCAUGGAAACCAUUCCUACUUCCAUCAACAGUGGUUUAGGAUGGAAAUCUUCCCCCUUAUUUCAACAAUCCAAUUGCUUCAACCUUCUUUCUUCUCCAUUCAAACCAAAACCCUCUCUCACCAAGUUUACACUCACUUGCUCUGCCGCUUCAUCUUCUUCUUCUUCAGAUCCUCUCUUGGUUAAGGCUGCGAGAGGAGAUCCUGUUAGCCGUCCUCCGGCAUGGAUGAUGCGCCAAGCAGGAAGGUACAUGGCUAUUUACAGAAAGUUAGCUGAGAAACAUCCAUCCUUCAGAGAGAGGUCAGAGACGACUGAUCUCAUUGUAGAAAUUUCUUUGCAGCCUUGGAAAGCUUUCAGGCCUGAUGGAGUAAUUAUUUUCUCCGACAUCCUAACACCUCUACCUGCGUUUGGGAUUGACUUUGACAUAGAAGAUGUGAGGGGACCUGUAAUACAGUCACCGAUACGCUCUGAGGAGGGAUUAAAGGUUUUGCACCCAAUUGACUUCGACAAGCUUAGAUUUGUAGGAGAAUCACUUAAGAUCCUGCAGCAAGAGGUUGGUGGUGAUGCCGCUGUUUUAGGUUUUGUGGGAGCACCUUGGACAUUGGCAACAUAUAUAGUGGAAGGGGGUACAACGCGCACAUAUACAAAUAUUAAGAGCAUGUGCCAUACAGCACCACACAUACUACGGACUCUGCUUUCUCAUUUGUCAAAGGCAAUAGCAGAUUACAUCGUUUUCCAAGUGGAAUCUGGGGCUCACUGCAUACAAAUAUUUGAUUCAUGGGGUGGACAACUGCCACCUCAUAUGUGGGAACUCUGGUCAAAGCCUUAUAUCAAAGAGAUUGUAAAUUUGGUCAAGAAAAAGUGCCCAGACACACCACUUGUUCUUUAUAUAAAUGGAAAUGGCGGCCUUCUCGAGCGUAUGGUAGACACUGGAGUUGAUGUUAUUGGACUUGACUGGACAGUGGAUAUGGCUGAUGGGAGAAGAAGAUUAGGUAGCGGGAUAGGUGUGCAAGGAAAUGUGGACCCUGCUUCCUUAUUCUCUCCUCUUACUUCCCUAACAGAAGAAAUUCAGAGGGUUGUGAGGUCUGCAGGACCUAGACAACACAUCCUUAAUCUUGGGCAUGGUGUUCUUGUUGGCACACCUGAAGAAGCUGUAGCACAUUUCUUUGACGUCGCGAGGAGCUUGAAGUUUGACACAGUCUCUCAAAACAACACUGCAAAUGUAGCUUAAAGAGAAAUAUGUUAGUGUUGCCACUUGUUGUACUUACUUUGCCUGGUAGUUCAAGCUAUUUCUGGAAGAGUUCAGGUUUUGUCCUUGAUUCUUAUGCAGCUAUGUGAUAAUGAUCAGUGUCUGAGGUUUUGUACAUUGCUGUGUCGGCUAAUAGAUGAAAAUAGUCUCUACAUUUUUCUGUAUUUUGUAAUUGUGCAUGAUAAAUUAAUUAGAGGAUUCCUUCUAUUUGUUUGAGUAUAAUAAAAAAAAAUUGUUAUUUAUUUGUUGA